AAGUCAACAUUACAAAAAGUCGGAUAGUUGGACAAAGGGAGAGGACGUCGGGACACUCGGUGCAGCAGCAACGCUCCCACCAUCAGAGUGCGCGUGUGAAGAUAAAUCCUGUAUUACUUGCCGGAGAGAGGAUAUUCUGUCCAGAUGAGAGAGUGGACUGAGUUGGAGAUGAGCUUUUCGGCCGGGGGGUUUCUCUCCGCCUCGGAUGGUUUCUGCUCCACAGAGCAGCUCCAGUAUUACGACAUGCUGGCGGACCCUCUGGGCUACCCCCUUCAGGACCCUGACCUGCAGCUGCUCCCUUGCAGCCAGCAGCAGUACAGCCCCGCCAACCUGUCAUUCUCCCUCUACGGCUCUCCGCCCUCCUCCACCUCCUCUCCGUCCUCUUCCUCUUCCUCCUCGCAGCCCUGCCAUCCUCCGUACCACUACAGCCCUCAUUGCCUGGAGGCCCCCUGUGACCCCAGCCUGGAGCCCCACUGCGGGGUCCUGGCUCAGGGGUUCGGACUGGGCGCACUGCCGCUGGGGCGGAGGACGCGGGUGGUGUCGGGAGGGAAGGGCAGAGGUCAGGAGGAGCUGUGUGUGGUGUGUGGAGAUAAAGCGUCGGGGUAUCACUACAACGCUCUUACCUGUGAGGGAUGCAAAGGCUUCUUUCGCCGUAGUGUGACUAAAAAGGCUGUGUAUCAGUGUAAGAGUGGCGGUGGCUGUGAGAUGGACAUGUACAUGAGGAGGAAGUGCCAAGACUGCCGGCUGAAGAAGUGCCGUGCUGUGGGGAUGCUGGCUGAGUGCCUUCUGACCGAGGUGCAGUGCCAGUCCAAACGACUGAGGAAAGGCGGUAAGGUCAGAGGACACAAGGAAGAGGAGAACACAGACAACAAGAGGGUCAGCUCUACCAGCAGGCUACCCGGGCAGGCUCCGUCUGCCAGUUUAACCCGAGACCAGAAGUACCUCGUGGACCGGAUGGUGGAGGCCCAUCAGCUGUACACAGCACAGGACAGCAGCCACUGCAGGUUGCUUGAGUGGUCGUGUGCAGAAGAAGGGGGGGGCGUGUCCGACGCCGCGUCGUCACAACUGCAACGGCUGCUCCAGUUUGCCAGGAUGGUGCCGGGGUUCGACCUCCUGGACUUUCCCGACCAGAACUCUCUCUUGUCCAUCUCAUCGCUGGAGGUCAUGUUCCUGCUCUCAGCACAGCAGUUCUCCCACAACCCAACGAGCCCCAGUCCAGCCCUGCAGAUGUUCAGCAUGUCAUCACACAACUGGUUGAGAAAUGUAGCGUCAAAGGAAAACAUCCACAGUGGGAUGAUGAUCAAUUCAGGUGGAAGUGAGGAUCUCUUCGGGCCGGUGCUCAACUUCUUCCACAGCAUGGCGAUGCUGCGAGUGACGGAGGCCGAAUACGCGUUGCUCACGGCAACAGCUCUGCUCUGCUCAGACCGUGCGUCCCUACAGGCUGCCAGCUGCGUUGAGAGAAUGCAGGAGCUGAUCCUGGACCUGCUGUCCAGGGUGUGUGGGGCCCAGGCCGGAGCUGCGCGAGGGGGCCCUCAGCGCUUCGGUCGCCUGCUGGGCCGCCUGACAGAGCUGCGGACGCUUCGCCACAACUACCUCCUGCUGACGCAGCGGCAUCUCGGACACUGACGGAGGAACCGCCACGGUUCUGGUGUUUGGAACCGCCACGGUUCUGGUGUUUGAAUUGAAGGACUAGAAGUAUUUUCACCUGAUAAUCAGACUGUGAUGGACUCUUUGGGGUCACACACACACACACACACACACACACACACAAUUUUAGCUCAUGAUGGGACUGAAAUGUGUUUGUAGUUUGUCUGGACAAGAGAUAUUUUAUUAGCCUUUUUUUUAUAUAACUGUUGUAUAAAGCUAACAUUUAUAAUUAACGGUACUUUUCACUGUGUUGAAUAUUGUUAGAAUAAAAAUAAAACACCAACUGUGUGUGAGCUGGAGUUCACCAGUGGAAGAGGUCAGGGCCUUAAUGGACAUCACUUAUAUAUUUCUCAAGUGAUUAUUGUAAAUUAUUACUUGAAUGCAAAUUUCUAUUAUUUUUGAUUUAAAAAGCAACAACAUAAAACUGCACUGAGGUUCCCGACCAUUUAUUUCUCAAAAUGUAGAAAUGCUAUUGAGACUAAAUAUGUUGUAAAAAUAUACAGGUAGUGCAAGCUUAAGGUAUAUUUUCUCAUUUAAUAAUUAUGGAGCUCUCGACAAUAAAGUGGAUAUCCAACAGUGAGCGAUGGCGGUCGGUCUUGUGUGAAAUACAAACGCAAACUUAUCUGUUCAAAUGUCGGCUGCACGUUUUUAAUACCCCACUCCAUUCGUUUGAAAUACCAUUUAAUAUUCUAUUGUCCAAAAAGAGUUGAAAGAGAUAACCAAAAAUAAAUUCAGAUAUAAAGAACAAUUGGCUCAAUGUGAUGUAUGCUCUGAAUGUAUACCCCAAAAAUAUGAAAUGUCACUUAAAAAAAAGACUAUGACUUUU